GGAAGCGUAGCCCGCUCAGGACAGUGCAGCACAUAUGCUAAGCACUGGUAGAACUUCCUUUUUAUAUUCAAUUGUUAUUUCCUGCAUAUUUUGAUUUGAGAAAAUCUUUCUAAAAAGCCCAAAAUUUCGAUUCAUUCAAGAUGGGAUACAUGUCAGUAGAGGAACACAACUCUACAAUGCUGCACCUGAAGAGAAACCCUGGCAUACGUUCCUGGUCUCUUUGUAUUGGUAUGGUAUCGAUUGGCUUGGCGGCUGCCUACUACAGCUCCGAUAGCAUCUUGUGGAAGCUCUUCUAUGUGACUGGCUGUCUAUUUGUGGCCAUUCAGAACAUGGAAGAAUGGGAAGAGGCAGUGUUUGAUAAAACCAAAAAUAUCAUUCAACUCAAGAAUAUUAGUUUGUACACGCUAGUUCUAACCUUAUGGAAAAAGGGCCAAGAGAAUGUUGUGUUGGACUUGAGGCACCUGCAUGAUGUCUGCGUCCAGGAAGAAAAAGUCAGAUAUUUGGGGAAAGGCUACCUCCUGAUGUUGCGUCUGGCUACAGGUUUCUCCUACCCUCUGACUCAGAGUGCUACAAUCGGGGGGCGAAGUGAUGUGGAGGCAAUCGCAGAAUUGCUCAAGCGCUUUUUGGGGAUGGAGGAGCGGCGGCAAAAGCAACAGGAAGAGUUCACAGAGGAGGAAGCUGAUUUUUCGGAAAACAGCAGCGAGUCGGCGGACAAAAAAGAAUAACCUACUUUGGGAUAAUGAGUCCACUGCUAAACAAUAACAUUGGCUGUGAUUACUCCGCUGCUCUCAUUGCAUGGUGCGCUCACUUACAAAUAUUACAGUGCAUGUUUUUGAAAGGGAAACAUUCUGGCUCUAAUUACUAUGAGAAAACAAUUACAUAUUUACUGUGCCUUCCUACUGUAUGGUCUUUCUAUUAGUCAACCAAAGGGCUGCUGGUACUAUUUUCUACACCACCCAUAUUUUGCUUAUAUGCACACAACUGGCAAUGGGAUAAAUUCUUUUACUGCCAGUAACCUUGAAGAUCAACCAAAUGUGAUUUUUUUUUACAAUUAAGCCUGACUGUUGCUGGUCAAAGAUGUAUUUUUUUCCCCUGUGUAUUCGUAAUCAGGCUGUGCUCAAGUCCAAAGGAGAAAACUAGUUACUUAAAACUAGUGUUGCACUGAUACCUUUUUUUUGGGCUCCCAAUACCGAUUCUGAUACUCGAAGAUGUAUAUAAUAGUGAUAAACUAUUGAUACACUCAUUUAAAUUCUCUGUAGAGGAAUGACUGGACCCCACAUGUAGCUAGCGACCAUCUUGGUUAGAGCGACCAGCAGUUGGAAACUAAACCUAAAAUAUUGUAGUUAUUUCUUAGUACUCCCUGAUGAUAAUUUUAGUGCAGUAUCGGUGCAACACUGUUUAAAACCACUUGAAAUGUUAUUUUUUUCUACUGUUGAAUUGAAGUUACUGAUAUGCUUUUACAUUUUCUGGAAUAAAACGAUUUAA